AUGGAAUCUUCAAUCUCAUGGCACGAGCCAUCCGACUACAAAACACGACCUGUGGCUGUAAUCGGAGCUGGUGUACUAGGACGUCGAAUUGCUUCAUGCUGGGCAGCAGCUGGCUACACAGUGCACAUCUACGACCCCGACAGCAACCAACGACAUGCCGCCGUAACCUACUACAAUGAAAACAAAGCCACAUAUGAAAAGUUCACCAAAACAAACGUACCGCCAGCACAGGUCCACGAGCACAGUAACAUCCAAACCACCGUUGAAAACGCCUGGCUCACAAUUGAAUGUGUGCCAGAGAGCCUCCCAGCCAAACAUGCCGUGUUCUCCCAGCUAGCCCACUUCAGCACACCCCACAGCAUUCUCGCAACAAAUUCCUCGUCCUUGCGCUCCUCGGUCGUUUCCGCAAAGCUGUCGGAUGAUGUCCAGCACCGCGUACUCAACACGCAUUAUUUCAUGCCUCCGCACGUGCGCGCAGUUGAGCUCAUGACCAAUGGCCGCACGGCCCCUGCCAUCUUCUCGUUCUUGGGCAAAUGCAUGAAAGAGGCCGGGCUGAGUGUGUACGUGGCGAAGAAGGAGUCUACGGGUUUCAUUCAUAAUCGCGUGUGGGCGGCCAUCAAGCGCGAGUUACUGCAGGUUGUGGCCGAGGGUGUUGCUGAUCCAAAGACGGCGGAUGAUAUUUUCUUUGAGACGGUUGUUUUACCAGGGCUACGGCCGUUUGUGGCCAUGGAUUUGGUUGGCCUCGAUACCGUAGCGCUGAUUGAGCGGAAUUUUGCGGCAGAGCGGAACCUCGAUUUGACGCUGACGGCUGACUUUUUGCAAAGGGAAUAUAUAGAUCAAGGCAAAUUGGGGUUGAAGAGCGAGAAGGGCGGUUUCUAUCCACCGCAGCCGAAAGUUGGAGGACCUAUGACUGCAGAACCUAGGUUGCUGGUGCUGGACAAUGGCUUGUCUGGCCAGGUCGACACGUUGGAAAAGGGUGAAAUCGUAGAGUACUCUACUGCCGGUCAACAUGUACGAACCAUUUUCACAGACCAGUAUCUUCCCGAUGGAAUCGUAGUUUCAGCCGACAGGAAGCGCAUGUUUUGGACGUGCAUGGGGUUUCCUGGUGCAUACGACGGCAUGGUGUAUUCUGCAAAUCUGGAUGGUAGCGACAAGAAAAACUUGGUGGAAAAAGGGAUACUGAACACACCCAAGCAAUUAUGCAUCGAUGAAAUGGAUGGUACGAUGUACAUCGCCGAUCGCGAAGGCAUGUGUAUCUGGCGUUGUAAUCUCGACGGCAGCAAUCUCUCGCGAAUUAUCCAAACUGGGAAUCGAAAAGAAGAUGGCGAUCAAAAUCAUAAUGAUGAUCAAGAAGCCAACCACCAAUCAAACCCAGCUUUGUGGUGCGUAGGUAUCACAAUCUCCCAGCAACUCGGCAAAAUCUUCUGGACCCAAAAAGGGCCCCCAAAAGGCUGGCAAGGCCGCAUCUUCAGCGCGAACAUGGCUCUUCAGCCCGGCGAAACACCCUCCACCCGCUCCGACAUUGUUUGCCUCGCUUCUGGCCUCGCUGAGCCAAUCGACCUCGACUUCCACGAGGCGACGCAAACCCUGUACUGGACGGACCGAGGCGAAAUGCCCUUUGGCAACACGCUGAACCGGCUGCGGCUCGAUGCGCAGGGAUGCAGGGCAGACGGUCAGACGUGUACGCCACUGCUGCAGCAUGAGAUUGUGGCGAGGAAGUUCCAUGAGGCGAUUGGGGUGAAGAUUGAUGGCGAGAGGGGCCAUAUCUAUGUCGCCGAUCUUGGGGGCUCUAUUUGUAGGUGUAAUUUGGAUGGGAGUGGAAAGACGAGAAUAUUGUUUGAGGAGGGGAGGGCAUUCACGGGUAUUGCUCUUGCUUAA